AUGGGUCCACUGUGGACUUGGCCUGGGGAUGGGGGCCUGGGGAUGGGGGCCUGGGGAUGGGGGCCUGGGGAUGGGGGCCUGGGGAUGGGGGCCUGGGGAUGGGGGCCUGGGGAUGGGGGCCUGGGGAUGGGGGCCUGGGGAUGGGGGCCUGGGGAUGGGGGCCUGGGGAUGGGGGCCUGGGGAUGGGGGCCUGGGGAUGGGGGCCUGGGGAUGGGGGCCUGGGGAUGGGGGCCUGGGGAUGGGGGCCUGGGGAUGGGGGCCUGGGGAUGGGGGCCUGGGGAUGGGGGCCUGGGGAUGGGGGGCCUGGGGAGGGGGGCCUGGGGAUGGGGGCCUGGGGAUGGGGGCCUGGGGAUGGGGGCCUGGGGAUGGGGGCCUGGGGAUGGGGGCCUGGGGAUGGGGGCCUGGGGAUGGGGGCCUGGGGAUGGGGGCCUGGGGAUGGGGGCCUGGGGAUGGGGGCCUGGGGAUGGGGGCCUGGGGAUGGGGGCCUGGGGAUGGGGGCCUGGGGAUGGGGGCCUGGGGAUGGGGGCCUGGGGAUGGGGGCCUGGGGAUGGGGGCCUGGGGAUGGGGGCCUGGGGAUGGGGGCCUGGGGAUGGGGGCCUGGGGAUGGGGGCCUGGGGAUGGGGGCCUGGGGAUGGGGGCCUGGGGAUGGGGGCCUGGGGAUGGGGGCCUGGGGAUGGGGGCCUGGGGAUGGGGGCCUGGGGAUGGGGGCCUGGGGAUGGGGGCCUGGGGAUGGGGGCCUGGGGAUGGGGGCCUGGGGAUGGGGGCCUGGGGAUGGGGGCCUGGGGAUGGGGGCCUGGGGAUGGGGGCCUGGGGAUGGGGGCCUGGGGAUGGGGGCCUGGGGAUGGGGGCCUGGGGAUGGGGGCCUGGGGAUGGGGGCCUGGGGAUGGGGGCCUGGGGAUGGGGGCCUGGGGAUGGGGGCCUGGGGAUGGGGGCCUGGGGAUGGGGGCCUGGGGAUGGGGGCCUGGGGAUGGGGGCCUGGGGAUGGGGGCCUGGGGAUGGGGGCCUGGGGAUGGGGGCCUGGGGAUGGGGGCCUGGGGAUGGGGGCCUGGGGAUGGGGGCCUGGGGAUGGGGGCCUGGGGAUGGGGGCCUGGGGAUGGGGGCCUGGGGAUGGGGGCCUGGGGAUGGGGGCCUGGGGAUGGGGGCCUGGGGAUGGGGGCCUGGGGAUGGGGGCCUGGGGAUGGGGGCCUGGGGAUGGGGGCCUGGGGAUGGGGGCCUGGGGAUGGGGGCCUGGGGAUGGGGGCCUGGGGAUGGGGGCCUGGGGAUGGGGGCCUGGGGAUGGGGGCCUGGGGAUGGGGGCCUGGGGAUGGGGGCCUGGGGAUGGGGGCCUGGGGAUGGGGGCCUGGGGAUGGGGGCCUGGGGAUGGGGGCCUGGGGAUGGGGGCCUGGGGAUGGGGGCCUGGGGAUGGGGGCCUGGGGAUGGGGGCCUGGGGAUGGGGGCCUGGGGAUGGGGGCCUGGGGAUGGGGGAAGGGAAAGGGAAAGGGAGAGUAUGAGAGAAGGAAGGGAGAAGAAGGAGGGAGAGGAGGGAAGGAGAGGAAGGACGGAGCGAAGGAAGGGAGAGAAGGAAAAGGAGUGAAGGAAGGGAGAGAAGGAAAAGGAGUGAAGGAAGGGAGAGAAGGAAAAGGAGAGAAGGAAGGGAGAGAAGGAAAAGGAGAGAAGGAAGGGAGAGAAGGAAAAGGAGAGAAGGAAGGGAGAGAAGGAAGGGAGAGAAGGAAGGGAGAGAAGGAAGGAAGAGAAGGAAGGGAGAGAAGGAAGAGAGAGAAGGAAGGGAGAGAAGGAAGGGAGAGAAGGAAGGGAGAGAAGGAAGGGAAAAAGGGAAGGGAGAAAAAGGGGAUCUGA